AUGAGUCGUGUCUUGGUUGAGAACUGCCCAGGCCACGGGGUUGCGGCCCUCGCUCUCGUCACGCUCAAAAAGGGCGUCCUCAUCUCGGGCCACGGCGCUCGCCAUCUUGUGCUUUCCAAAGGUAGAGGGGAAUUUGCAGUUGCCGCUGGCGCAGGAGAUACGCUUGAUGAGACGCUCAAUGUCGCGCUCGUACAGGGAAUCCUCCUUGCGCAUCUUGAUGGCCCCCGCCAUCUUGUGUUUUCCGAAGGUAGAUGGGAUCUUGCAGUUGCCGCUGGCGCAAGAGAUGCGCUUGGUGAGAGAGCUGCCAGCCUCAUCUCGCACUCUCCACUUGGGAGCCGCGCCAGGACCUCCGAAGGUGGCCUUGACGUAACGGCUCUCCAUGUUGGUCAAGUCACCCUCAGAAGGGGAGGCAGUGGCCAGGCCAGCGAGACCGAGGAGGGCGACAGAAAGGUAUCCGAUAGCGACCAUUUUGGCGGUUAUUGA